UAUUAAGUAAAAGUUGCCCUAAAAUUCAACUUUUAUACUAAAAACUGCUUCAAAUAUGUUAAAUUAACAAAAUAUAUAUUUUGACAGAUGUUUCGUGCCCAAAACGCUCUUUGAAAAUUGUGUGACAUCACAGUUUACGGUUUGACACAUAACUUACGGCGCCCUACGUGUCCAAUUCAAUAAUGGGUACAGAAUGCUGUUGGGGCUGCCUCGGUUUUGCAGUGCUUCUGGGAUGUUAGCGGAGGCACGAAUGGAUGAUUUCUACGCCAUUAUGAGAAAACGCACGGCAUCUCAGAUGCACCGAUUGAGGAACAGCUCCAACAGUUUUCUAACCGAAAUUGGCGAGAGGCUUGAUAAUCCCUUUUGUAAGUGUUGGGCCUCAAUGCAUGUCCCAAUCUACCGGAUGGAUAAAUGAGAAAUUACAUUUACGGUACAUAAAUAUGGGUAAACGCUACUACUGUGAAUAUUGUGACAAGACGAUGGUUGCUACGCCGGCAAUCGUGAAAACGCACAAUAAAGGCCUUUUACAUCAAAAACUAGUUCAAGAACAUUAUCAACAAUACAAAGAACCGGAGACUAUCCUGGAAGAAGAAAGUAUGAAGAAACCAUGCAGUCGGUUUGUGAGGGGAGAAUGUCAGUUUGGUAGCAUUUGUCGCUUCUCACACUACUUACCAGACCAGUUACAGAUGCUGAAGGAAAUUGUUGCAUCAAAGAAACAAAAACAAACAGAUCCUUUCCAACCAUCACUUAAGGAUCUGUACAAAAAGCUGCAAACUGAAAAAUCAACAAAACCCAGUGAGUCAGAUAGCAACACUAUAAUCUAUGAUAAGAAUGGACUGACCCAUAUUUUCCCCUGGACUUACAAUGAACUGUUUGAGAGUUAUGGCACUUUGCCUCCAAGUGUAAGAAGAGUGAAAUUGGAAGAGUUUUACAAUUCUGUAGAUAAUGAAUGGGGAUAACAAAAAUUACCUGUUAUGGUAUGUGAAUACAAUGUAUUUAUUUUAUCAUGGGUAAUUCCACAACAAGACAAAGUGCUAAAUAAGUGUUACUUUUUAUCUUUAACCAAACAUUACUAACACUUACCCUUCUAAGGGUCAUUCAUGGUCCUGCUUAUAGUACUUAUUAAGUUAAUAGAGUUAUAGUUAAACAAAUAUUAUACCCGCUCUUUUGUCCCUUUGUAUUCGUAAGGAUAACAUUUUAUGACUAUUAGUCAUCACCGCUUAAAGCGGUGCAAAUUACAUUUCUUCAACUGUAA